AUCUAUAAAUAGGUGUAAAAUUGUGUUAUAAAACAAAAGAGUCAAUAGAGCUUCUAAAAGAGAGAGUGCGUGUGAGUGUGUGUUUGUUUUCAUUAGUAAUGUCGUCUAUGAAGUCUCUGAUAAGUUCUUAUUUGCAUCGUUUCAUCCAUGAAGAUUUCCACGCAGUUGUUGCCAGGAUGACCAUCUUAGAUACUUUCCUUUUCCUUAUUGUGCACUCCAUUGAUAAGCUGGGGAUAUGGCCUAAAUUACCCGUGUUUUUAGGUCUGGUGUACCUUGCUUUACGCCGGCAUCUUCACCAGAAUUAUAGCCUACUCAACGUUGGUAAGACUCCGGUUUUCAAUGACGUUGCUAGUAGCCAAGAAAGUUUCUUUGGCCGGAAUAUGCUCCCUGUUGAUCAGAAAGAUAAGUUGAAGAAGCCAGAUCCGAUGGUGGUUGCUACAAAAUUACUAGCAAGGAGAAACUUUAAAGACACAGGAAAGCAGUUCAACAUGAUAGCUGCUUCUUGGAUUCAGUUUAUGAUCCAUGAUUGGAUUGAUCACUUGGAGGAUACCAACCAGAUUGAGCUGAUUGCUCCCAAAGAAGUAGCAAGUCAAUGUCCCCUUAAGUCUUUCAAGUUCUAUCAGACUAAGGAAGUUCCCACCGGAUUCUAUGACAUCAACACUGGUGCACUCAACAUUCGCACUCCUCGGUGGGAUGGAAGUGCUAUAUAUGGUAGCAACUCUGAAUGGCUGCAUAAAGUGAGAACAUUUAAAGAUGGAAAGCUGAAAAUAUCAAAAGAUGGGCUUCUCCUCCAUGACCCAAACGGUAUUGCUGUUUCUGGAGAUGUUCGCAAUAGUUGGAUUGGUGUCUCCACUCUGCAGGCCCUCUUUAUUAAGGAGCAUAAUGCAGUGUGCGAUGCUCUCAAGAAGGAGUAUCCAGAUUUAGAUGAUGAAGAAUUAUAUAGGCAUGCAAGAUUAGUGACUGCUGCUGUAAUUGCCAAAAUUCAUACCAUUGAUUGGACUGUAGAACUUCUGAAAACUGAUACAUUAUUAGCAGGAAUGCGUGUCAACUGGUAUGGGUUGUUGGGAAAGAAAUUUAAGGACACAUUUGGGCACAUUGGAGGAGCAAUUUUUGGAGGUGUUGUGGGUCUAAAGAAACCAGAAAAUCAUGGUGUCCCAUAUUCAUUGACUGAAGAAUUUGUUAGCGUUUAUAGAAUGCACUCGCUACUACCUGAUAAUUUUAUUCUCAGAGAUGUUUCAGCUGAACCUGGUGUCAAUAAAUCUCCAACACUAAUUAAAGAAAUUCCUAUGCAAGACCUCAUAGGCCUAAAAGGAGAAAAGGAACUAUCAAAUAUUGGAUUCACUGCACAAAUGGUCUCACUGGGUCACCAAACUUGUGGGGCUUUAGAAUUAUGGAACUACCCAAUGUGGCUUAGAGAUAUUAUACCACAAAACAUUGAUGGAAGUGAAAGGAUUAAUCAUGUGGACCUAGCAGCUCUUGAAGUUUAUAGGGAUAGAGAGAGGAAAGUUGCAAGGUAUAAUAAUUUCCGCAGGUCCCUAUUGUUAGUACCCAUAACUAAAUGGGAGGAUCUAACGGAUGACAAAGAAGCUAUUGAAGUUCUGAGUGAGGUGUAUGGUAAUGAAGUUGAGGAACUUGAUCUUUUGGUGGGUCUCAUGGCUGAGAAGAAGAUCACAGGAUUUGCCAUUAGCGAGACUGCUUUUGUCAUAUUCCUCCUUAUGGCAACUAGGAGACUAGAAACUGACAGAUUCUUCACAAGCAAUUUCAAUGAAGAUACAUAUAGAAAGAAAGGACUUAAAUGGGUGAAUACCACAGAAAGUUUAAAAGAUGUGAUUGAUCGUCACUAUCCAGAAAUGACAAAGAAAUGGAUGAAUUCUACAAGCGCAUUCUCUGUUUGGAACUCACCUCCUAAUGCUCAUAAUUUCAUUCCUCUUUAUCUACGUCUUCCAAAGUGAUUGAAACUCAAAUCAUUUAGAAAUUCAAGUGUGUGGCCUAUGUACUAAAUAAUCUUAUAUUCAUCAUCUUCAUGCGAUGAUGAGGUACCAACACUAAUGAUGAUGUACUCUGUUUCAAAAUUUUAUUGCUACGUAUAUGCCUUUGAGAUUAA